CCCUGCUGGUUCAAAGCCUUUCCUCCAUCACCUGCAGAGCCAGCGGUCCUUACCCACCUCCUCUGAGCAGGACGGGCUGUGACCAUCGGGCCCACGCCGGCUGGCUACCACCCCUACAGUUCUGCUCAGGAACCUCCAGUCACCCGGGCCAUGGCCUUCACCCGGGCCUUAGCCACCACGCUGGCACUGCUCGCUGGGGUCCUGCCACACAGCCUCAGUGAAACCUCGGAUCAUAAAAAGGCCAAUGGGGACAGGUGCGUCCACCACACCCACUGCCUCAGUGACUGCUGCCUCAUAGACCUGGAAAAAAGCGGGGCCUUCUGCACCUCCAAGUCUCGUAUGGGCAUGGCAUGCUUACCCCAGACCAAGGGGGCCCUGAACAUCAUGUGUCCCUGCCGAGUGGGCUUGAGCUGCCACUCCAAGGACCCUAUGUGCCCCCGCCGGUGCCAGAUGAUCUAG